CAGCAGCAGUUUCAGAGCUCAAGUUGGUCGAGUUCAGUCUCGAUUCUAGUGAGGCUGAGUAAGGCCCCUUCGGUUUAUCCAAGAGUUGCCUACUCUGCUCCUAGCCACGCAGCAAAAGAGUUACGGGGUGAAGUUCGUCCAGUUAAACCGGUAACGGGCCUAUGUACUCACCGCGGUGUACACAGUACGUAAUACGCAGUUGUGGUAUGAACAGGACGCCACCUAAGUGCCAAAUGAAGCUUAACAUGGGAGUACCUCAGUAGUGAUCAAAUCAUCAGAGCAUUCUCCUUUGAAGGAUAUUUAAGGUUGUCAAAAAAGAGAAGACGAUUUAGAAUUAAAUAAAGUGCAGCAGAUGCUGGAAUAGGAGAAUAUCCAAAAACACCACAAGAGAUAAAAAUGACAUCACUAUGGAAUUUAACGUUAUUAAUUAUUCUAUUGAUGAAUUCAUUACCGCUUUAUGCUCAUCGAGAACAUAAGGUGCACAAUAUUGUUUUGUAUCCUGAUAAACAGAGUUGGUGCAAAACAACACAAAUUAAGCAGGUAGUCACUUGGCCACAAUGUUCAUCACAAGAAUUGGACAACAAUGUUUGUGUUGGUGCUUGUUUUUCCUAUAUGGUACCACACAGUGAACCAUCAGCACCUGGUGAUUUGAUUCGACCCUAUUGUGAUUCAUGUCAACCAUUGGACAGUGUCUGGCAUACGGUAACACUCGAUUGUAAAGAUGAGGACAAUAAGCCAAUAACAAUGCAAAAGAAGGUACAAAUUAUCACAAAUUGUUCAUGCAGUUCUUGUUUAGAAACAUCAAAAAUUAAACCCGAUUAUAAUACACUACUACAAACAUUAUCCGAUGAUAAUCUCGAUAAUGUGAAUAUUAUUCAUGAAACACCUGAUUUACUUCUAAAUCCAAAUCUUAAUUCAUCGAAAAAUACAUCAAGAGAUAUUCAGGCUAAUGAAAAAUUUCGUCAAUUAUUUAAACAACUUAAAGAAUCGGCAAAAAUUGAUGAAUUUAAGGCAAAAGAAUUAUUUUCAAAAUUUGAAGACGAAGAAUUUGAUAUGGAAAAAUUACAGGAAUUAUUACGUAAAUAUGCAAAUCUUGGCGGUGGUAAUGUUAAUGAUGAUAAAUUAAAAGAAAAUAAACAACAAAUUAUUCACAAUAAUAAUGGUGAUAUUAAAGAAGAAAUUGACACAAAUCAAUCGAAUCAACCACAAUUGCCAACUGUUGAUGAUGAUGAUAAUAAUGAUGAUGAUGACGUUGAACUUCCUCAAAUACCACAUCAUAAUGCACCAAUAACACAUAUGCAUAGGGGACCACAUCAUUCAUUGGUAUUGGAACCUGAUGUUAAGGAGAAAAUUGACGUUGAACCACAUUAUCUUCAUCCCGCUGUUGCUGGUCAAGAAAUCAGUUAUCAUGACAAUGUUCUAGUUGAUAAAGCAAAGAAAAAAGAGUUUUAAACUGGAAAUUUAACUAAUUUUUUCGAAGUGACGCUGGACGCCAUGUUUUUGUAUGGCAAAAGAAGAAGAAGAAAAAAAAAAAAAAAAAAAUGGGCUUUUGAAUUUGUAAUUCGAAAUAAUUUGUGGAUAAAUUGGACCCUGUGUAGAUAGAACAAUGAUAAUGAAGGUAUACACAACCACAGGUUUCUAUACUGUACUAAAUCCCAAUUUUUCAAUUAAGAUCAUUCUAUUCUAUUGAUUUUUAAUAUCAAAAUAUUGAUUUAAACACAAAAUUAAUCCAUUCAAGAUCAAAAUAAUUCCAAAAUGAAAUUUUGUAAAGAAAAAUUUUAUCCGCAAAAAAUUGAAUUAUUUUAAUCUUCUAUGGGAUUAAUUUAAUCUUUAAUAAAUUUUAAUAUCUCACUCGAGAUAUUUUAUUUACACAGAGAAAAAAAAACCUGUUACUCAGUUCAAAAUUGAACCAAACGACAUAGAAAGUGGCGCCAUCUACGAGGCAUAUUUUUGUUAUACUUUAAAAAUUCACUGAAAAAAGGGUUUGGUAUUCACAACCAAACGUUUGGUUGGUAUUUAAGCAACCAAUUUUUUUUUGCUGAAUCAAAAAAAUUUUGGUUGUCUCAAUAAAACUUUAGUUAGGACAAUAAAAAUCCUUUUUUUCUAAUUUUGGUUGUGUCAAACAAAUUUUGGUUGAGACAAUUAAAAUUUUGUUGAUUCAAGAAAAAAAUUUUGGUUUCUUACAUACCAACCAAACGUUUGGUUGUUAAUACUAAACCCUUUUUUCAGUGUUGAGUAGCAUUACUCAUUUUGAGUUCAGAUUUUUUCUGUGGUAUAAAUAAAAUUUUUUUUUAGAAUAAUUUUUUAUCAAAAAAAACAAAAAUCUCAAUUUUUGCAAAAUAAUGAAAAAAGAAAAAUAUCAAAUAUAUAGUUUAAUCUGAGAAAUACUCGAGUGAAAAAUAAACAUUAUUAUUAUCACAAAACGUACUGAUAACUUAUUUAAAAAAAAAAUUUUUUGCAUAAUAUAAAAUCUUGAUGAUCUUGAUUCUCGAUAAUAUAGCUAAUUCUGGCUGGGGAAAUGAGUGCAAAAAAAAAAAAAAAAUGAUGAUGAUUCUGAAAAUGUUCAGUAUUGUACCUCCCAAAACUAUAAU